CCCAUGGCCGCCGCGCCAGACUCGGCCGAGCCCGCCAAGGGGAAGCCCUUUAAGCUCCUAGGAAUUUUAGAUGUUGAGAACAUUCCCUGUGCUCGGGACUCAGUAUUGUAUGGUUCAUUAGGAUCUGUUGUGGCUGGCCUUGGACAUUUUUUAUUAACUAGUAGGAUUAGAAGAUCAUGUGAUGUUGGAGUAGGAGGAUUUAUCUUGGUGACUUUAGGAUGCUGGUUCCAUUGUAGGUAUAAUUACGCAAAGCUAAGAAUCCAGGAAAGAAUUGCCAGAGAUAGAAUUAAAAAUCAGAUUCUACGAAAGUACCCACCUUGAUCCUGAAAGA